GUCUGUCUGUCUGCCUGUCACGCUGCACAGGAACAUCAGAUAGGCCUACCAACAUGAGCAACUUUGGGCAGAUCCUGAAGGAGAUCGGGGAGUUUGGUUUGUUUCAAAAACGUUUAGUGGCUACAUUAUGCAUCCCAAGCAUAUUUUCGGCUUACGACGUGAUUGGUCAGGUGUUUACAGGAAUGAGCUUUCCACAUCAAUGUAACACUGACUGGAUCUUGGCACGUGGGCCAAACCUGACAGAUGAGAGGCAAAGAAAUCUCACCAUCCCGAUGAACAAGGAUGGGAGGUAUGAAAGCUGUGAAAUGUUCACACCUGUGAAUUUGGAUUUGGCAACCAUUGAAGCGUAUGGGAUUAACAGUACAACUGGAUGCAUAAAUGGAUUUGAAUUUGAGGCAACUUCCUCGAGCAUUGUCACAGAGUUCAACCUGGUGUGUGACAGGAGCAGUCUGAUUGCAGCAUCCCAGUCCAUCUACAUGGCCGGUCUGCUGGUUGGAGCGCUGGUGUUGGGGCCGAUGGCUGACAGGUUCGGUCGGCGCGUCGUGGUCAUGUUCUCUCUUCUUUUCCUACUGUUGUUCGGGGUCGGUGUUAGUUUCUCACCCAACAUCUAUGUUUAUGUGGUUCUUAAAUUUUUAGGUGGCAUCUGCAUUUCAGGCAUCCUUGCUAAUGCAUUUGUGAUAGGUGGAGAGUGGAGUGAUGCGUCCAAGUUUGCAGUCUGUGCCAUUAUCUGCCACACUGCUUUUCCUCUUGGACUGAUCCUGUUGUCCGGCAUUGCAUAUUUGAUACCCAACUGGAGGAUCCUGCAGCUGGUGCUCUUCACCCCACUCGUUGUGGUCCUGCCAAUCUUUUACUGGAUGCUUCCAGAGUCAGCUCGCUGGCUCAUCACCCAGGGCAGGAAGGAGGAGGCCAUAAAGGAGAUCCGCAAGGCAGCCAAGGUGAACAGGAGGAAGGUCCCGGAAGAUCUGCUGAACAAGCUGGAGAUUGACGGUACAUCCAAAAGAGGAAGCAUGUUGGACAUCUUCAGGAUUCCAUAUUUGAGAAAACGUUCAUUUAUAACAUGCUUUGUUUGGUUUGGAACAAGUCUGGUAUACUAUGGUCUCAGCCUGAAUGUUGCCAAUUUUGGCCUGAAUAUCUACCUCACACAGUUCAUCUUUGGCCUAGUAGAAUUUCCUGCACGUCUAGGCAGUUUGGUUCUCAUCCAGCACUUUGGAAGGAAAAUGUGUGAAGCAGGGGUCCUGUUUUUUGGAGGUGCAGCUUGUCUUGGUCUCAUUGCUAUUCCUGAAGACCUUCCUGUGGUGGCAACAGUCAUAGCUGUACUGGGGAAAUUUGCCGCCACUGCCAGUUUCUCAAUAGUCUAUGUUUAUACUGCAGAACUAUACCCUACCACUCUAAGGCAGAAUGGUGUAGGUCUAAACUCUGUGUGUGCUCGCAUGGCGGGCAUCCUCGCUCCGCUGAUCAGGCUCCUGGGUGUCUUCCAUUACACCAUCCCCAUGCUCAUAUACGGCACCGUGCCCAUUGUUGCUGCAUGUUUGUGUUUGUUAUUGCCUGAAACCCUCAAUGUUGAACUCCAGGACCACGCUGAGCUCAAAAAACCCAUGAAUGGGACAGAGAUGCACUCUUUUACUCAUGAGGACACAUCCGGAAAGAGCACAAAAAUGUAAUUCCUGUGGACGUAUUGUUUUUUAUAAAUGUUUUUGGAGUUAUGGAAAAUAUGAAUAAACUGACAUUUUGAUAUAUCAUGUAACUUUUGUUCAACGUCGAGCUGAAAGUUUGCACAACCAGAGCAAAAAUAUAUUUUUAUUCAUUACUUAUUUAAUGACUAAUAAUGUUGCUCCAUGUUUGCUGGCUGUGUAAAUAGGCAAUGGCGACAUUACCUAUUCUUGUCAUAGAGUUCUUCACCCUAUGUGGCAAAAUAUAACAACAAGAGCAACGGAUUAAUGUUGCUUUUGUCUUGCCCCUUUUGUUUGAAAAUGUAAUGUUACUUUUAUCUUUAUUACUUCUCAUUACUUUUUCUUGCCAAUGUCAAGUCUGUGACCUCACAACGUCUUUUUUUUAUAGUGCUAAAUGCAAUCUAAUUUCAUUGGACUGAAUACAAAUGUUUCCUUCUAUGAUGACUAUUUAAGUAUUCCGACAACAUGGCCAUUUUAAUGGAUUAAGUAGCACAAUGUGACUAGUAUUCCGUAUUUUAUUCCCAUUCUGGAUUUAGUCGGAAUCCAGUUUGUUUUCUGCUAGAACUUGAAAAGUCUGUUAUUUAGUUAAUGAAGUCCGAAAUGACGCCUAUUAUGUUAGUCCCGGAUUUAUCAGUUGUAGCUGCGAGUGAGCUGGUCAACUCCGUCUCUAGAUUAUCUGUUUCUGCCUAACUUGUUUGAAUGACCCCUUUGAUAAAAAUGUCUUUAGCAUGUAUGUAAUGGCUAAAAAUAUGAUAUAGAUGUGUUAACUCAGCACUGAAAGUAUGAACAAACUGAAAAGACUGAGCCUAUAACUUAGAUAUGGGCAGUUUUUCCAUUAAAUGUAUAUAAAUUACAUAUUUUAUUACUUUCGAGUAUUUUGUAAUUUACAUUUUGCUGGAAAGAAAAUGAAUAAAUAAUAACAAUACUGUAAUUUGUAACAAAAUACUUUAAUAGCUUAUAUCUGCGUAUUUAAAAUUGAACUAUGCAUUAUUUAAAAUGCUAUUUUAUUGACAAAUAAUAAUUUUAUCCCCAGUUUCAAACUGUAUAAAAGAGCAAGUAGCCUAGUAUUUGGCUAAAUGCAAGUGAAUCAUGUGACAUUUGUGUUCCCCUAGACUACAGUAGGGAUUGAUUGAUACUGGUUUUUCAAGGCUGAUACCGAUUACUAGUAGUUAAUUGAGAUUUGGAACCAAUAUGUAUUUACAGUUAAAAUGAAAAUC